AUGACGAACCAAAAGGAGUGGCUGAAAAAAUUCAGAGCAUCACCGAUACCGUAUGUGCUGUUGGGAGACGAGGGGAAACUUCCUGUGAAAGGGGAAGGAGACCUAGUGCUGCAAAGUGCUUAUGGUGAGGUGAAGCUGGAAAACGGGCUGCUGGUGGACAAGCUCACACUCAACCUCAUAAGCCAGUCGCAGUUAGACAGUGGUGGGUGCAAGACUUUUCGUGACAACGGCAGCAUAUGGGUGUUCGGUUCGGAUUGGAAGGUGAUAGCGGAGGGAUCACGCAAGCAGGGGUUGUACGAGAUGAAGCUUCACGAGAAACAGAGUGGGGAGAAGACCACGUACCUGGCUGAACCGGAAGCGGGAAAGGUAGCACGAGAGGAGCUCCGCACCAAGCUGGAAAAGGUACCGAUUAAAGAGCUGCAGCAGCAGGCGCUUCCUAUGGCAGUAGCAGUGAGUACGGUGGACGUCAACCUGCUGCACAGGAGGAUGGGGCACGCUGCAAUCGCCACUGAGCUGGGGGCGAGCAGGCAGAGGGAGUGUGACAACUUUGCGUCCAUGCUGGUGCAGGUGCUGGGGGUGAAGGAGAGUGCUGAUCUGCAGGAGGGGUUUGGGUUCUUUGUGCAGCAAUUGCUGUCAGGCGGGCUGGAGAAGGCGCAUGCUGAGAGGAGGGGGGGAGCUUGGGGAAAGACUGCUGAGAAGGUGGAUAAGGAGGGGAAACGGAAGGGGGGAGCUGAGGGGAAGGCUUUUGAGAAGGCGCAUGUGGAGGGGAAGGCGUCACAUGGGAAGGAUGAUGGGAGACACGGAGAGGAAGAGGCAGGGAGCAAGGUAGAGAUUGAUAGGGUUGCUGGCAAGUGCGGGAGGGUUAGUUCGGACUUGAGCUGGAGGGAGCAUCUGAAGGGGCGUGUGUGGGAGAGGUUCGGCGCCAUCCCCAAGCCUCUGGAGGGAUGCGGCAUUCCUUUAGAGUGGGAGGAGUGGCCUGGGGACGGCGAAGCUGCUGUGAGGUUUCCUGUCAACCGAAAGGAGAGGUGUGUUGGGCUUGGGAUUGUGGAGGAGCGUGGUGAAGCAGGUGAGAAGCUGACCCAGCACCCUCGUCAGAACAUACCUGAAGCAGUAGGGAGGUGCAGGCGUGCAAGAGGGAAAGGCUGUAAGGCAGUACGCCAAGGAGCUGGUGUGGAAGCCGAACAGAGCAGAACACGUGGGAGAGGUGAAGCAUCUCGGAAUGAUGAGCAGAGAGUAAUACUACCGCCCGCCAGGAGGAAGCUUCCCAUCGUUCGCUGCCAGGCAGAUGUGGACUUCCUGGUGGGGUUUAACGGGAAUAUCAUGGACCCUCCGGCAUGCACCGAGUGCUGCACCUGCUCUGCAGAAUUCAUACAGUCUGUGUGCAUGGCUGCUCUCAUUGCCAACUUCGCUUACCGCCCAGUCAGCCAUCUUUUCUCCCGCGUGCUCUCAGCCUUCCCGCCAUCCUCCCCUGGCUUCGACAAACUGGUUGAGUGCCUGGACCUCCCUGCACGCCUGCCCAGGCCUGUGAACCUGCAGAUGCUGCUCAGCCGGGCGGAGCAGGUGCCUCUGUACUUCCUCAUUCACAUGGCCGUGUGGUGGGGUCGUCCUCUUCUGACAAGCUAUGAGGUGGAGCGGGAAUGCAGUAGACAUGAGCAGUUGGUGCAGUCAGGUGCGCGUAAAAAGGGUGUGGAGAAAAGGGGGAAAGGUGGGAGGGUGAAGGGGCAAGGGCUCUGGGAUGGUGAGGUGGAUCAGGAGAACGGUGGAGAGGUGUGGGAGGAGGUGCGGAUGUGGUAUUGCGCAGCAAUGGCUGUGUGGAGUUUCAAAGAGGGAAGCGAUGGAGUGCAGAGUGAGGAGUGCAGGGGCAGCAGGAAGCAGGAGAGAGCGGCUAAGGAGUGUGACAUCACAUGGAUUCUUGAGGCAGCAAUCACUCCGAGGUACUGUGAGGGGCGGCAAGGGCAACGUGGUUCUGUCAGGGGGAGCAGCAACUGUGAGUGGAUGGGUGGCAGCAGCAGCAGCAACAACAACAGCAGUGAGAAGAAGAGGAAGAAGGGGAAGGUGCCGGCUUAUCGGAAGCCGUGGCUGGGUGGAGUGAAUCUGGUGGCAUGUCUGCGAGAGAUGCUGCUGGGGGAGCCGUGCUACCACCCUGCCUCCCAUGCUGCUCCAUCCGCUCCUGCUGCUGCUUCCACCCAUUCUGCUGCUGCUAUGGCUUCUCGUCUUACUGCCCCUCCCAACCCCACUGCAAUAAGCAUCGGUGCUGCUACUGUUGCUGCUGCUUCAGAUGUCCAAGGCCGUGUGUGCGGUACUGCAGGGUGUGCGAGGGUGGAAGGUGGUUCUGUGAAGCUGAGGAGGUGCGGUGGGUGUGGCAAGGUAGCGUAUUGCAGCAGAGAGUGCCAAAAGGCGCACUGGCCCUCCCACAAGCUUACAUGCCCCGGCAGGAGCAGCGGGAAGAAGAGUGGGAAGGAUGAGAGCAAGGAUGGCAGCGGCAAUAGUGGCACGACGAUUAGCAAGGUGAGUGGGCAAGGUGGGUAG